UAAGCCUGUCUCUCUCACCCCCGACCUUGAGGAGAAGGUCGAAACCUUGCUCCAAGGGGGCCCUUUCCCGGUAAACUCGUAUAUAGGUAAAAAUCUUCUGCCUCCGCGGGUCACAGAUACCACAUAAAAUCAUCCCUUAAAUUGGUAAUAUUUUCUGGUGUAGCAGGCAACAGAGACGAAGCUGCCGCCCCCAAGGUGCCAUCGGGGACCAUGCUUCCACCUUCUGCGCCUGGUGCGGGUUCAUGUUCGCUCGAUCCUGGGGAUAAGCGCGGGGCCUCCCCGUCCCGUGAAGAGCAGGUUUUCAUGGACGAAGAAGGUAUGUUAAGCAGGGUUGCCGUGCCCCCUCCCUUGGCUACAAUGCAGGGUGUCGCCCCCCAGUCCGUGAUGCCCGGUGCAAGCAAGGGCGUGUCUGAUGCCACCAUGCCCGAGGUCGACGCCGGGGUGAAGAUCGGGGUUUCCCCACGUCACGAAGAACAAGUUCGCAAGAAGAAGAAAGAGGUUGCGGGUAUGCGGGGCAGGCUCGCCGCCCUGGCCGCAGAGGAGGACGCCAAGUUCCGGCCUUCGAGGACCGAGGUCAUUCCCUUCAUCGCGGGGGAAACAAUGCAGGGUCCCUCCCGUCAACCAUCCAGCUCCCGCCCUUAGUGUUCCACCAACUUCGGGUGUAGCGUGGGCAGGAAGCGUAUUCCCCGAGGCCAUUCCGUUCAUCGCGGGAAAACAAUGCAAGGCUCGUCCUGUUAACCAUCCAGC